UUCUUCCUCGAUUCACUGAGAAAAAAAAGGUACGGCACUGGUAAUGGAUCCUCUCUCGGCUCUCAGAGACUUCACCAUUCGAGGCGAGCUCGACAAAAUCGUCCGAGUCAACGGCGAGUUCCGUUUCGGCUCCGACUAUUCCUUCCCUUGCUCCGCCGAAACAGCUUACCGGUCCAAACAGGGAAAUCUAUACACUAUAGAAACCCUCGUCUAUUACAUCAAGAAUCACCAUAUCAAGCACACAGAGUACCUUCAGAACGCUCGCACUCAGGGAAUUUCUUCCGUCACUUUCCCCGACCGGAAGCCUUUGCUUGAUUAUCUUACUGGUAAGGUCUCCUCCUCCGACGCCAUCGAGUUUCUUGUCCCGCAAAAUCCCAAGUUCCCCGAUUUGCCCUCUGUCGAUGAGUAUCGCCCUGAAGAUCCGGUGAUUGUUGGCGCUGCUAUUGAUGCGGUGGAUGAGGACGACGGUUUUAAGGAUUCUACUAAUGUUGAUUAUAUGGCGAUGAUUAGGGCUAUUGAGAGACCGUUGAAGGAUAGGGAAUCGUUGUUGGAAUGUAAGAAUAGGAAUUUCUAUAACGUGCUUGUGACCUCGACGAAGCGCGAGGAGGAGAGGCAGCGUAUUGAAUCGCAACAGAGGAAGGAUGGUUUAGUUGCUAAGAGUAGGUUAAUGGGUUCUGAUGACAGGGGCAUGGGGGGAUAUGGUGAUGAUUUGGGUUAUGAUGCGAAUCCGAAGCCGAAAAUGCACUUGAAGGGAGGGAAGAUUGGAGAAGGUGUGCCUAUAAUUCUGGUUCCGAGUGCUUUUCAGACUCUUAUCACAAUUUAUAAUGUAAAGGAGUUUUUAGAAGAUGGUGUUUUUAUACCCACGGAUGUCAAGGUUAAGCAGAUGAAAGGGGCGAGGCCUGAUUGUGUGACCGUGCAGAAGAAGUUCAGUAGGGACAGAGAUAGGGUGGUGACUGCCUACGAGGUUAGAGAUAAACCCUCGGCUCUGAAAUCAGAGGAUUGGGACCGUGUUGUAGCUGUUUUCGUAUUGGGAAAGGAAUGGCAGUUCAAAGAUUGGCCUUUUAAGGAUCAUGUUGAGAUUUUCAAUAAAAUUAUUGGAUUUUUUAUGCGUUUUGAAGACGACAGUUUGGAAUCAGCUAAGAAUGUGAAGCAGUGGAAUGUUAAAAUUAUUUCGAUUAGCAAGAACAAGCGGCACCAAGACAGAGCUGCAGCAUUGGAGGUGUGGGAUAGGCUAGAAGAAUUUGUAAGGUCACGGUCUCAUUCUUGAUGUGAAUUUCAUGGCGUACCAUUUUCCCCUUUUUGCCUUUACUUGUUGGGGAAUGUUCUUGUUUGGUAUCCUGAUAAUCGUACCGAGUCUUGUUCCAGAUGUAAAAUAACACUUCUAGGAAAUCUUAAUGAAAAUUAGUUUAUGACCAAUUAGAUUAUUUGAAAGGGUAAGUUAGGAACUUAGAGAAAUCUGAGUUUAUAUAGCUUACAUGUUGCUAGUGAGAUUGUAUUUGUAAAAGUUAAUGUAUCUCUUGAGAGUUGAGUUUUACUGCUCCAAGCUUAUAUA